GCGGUCGCCGGGUUGCUCCUUUGUGGCAGUCGGUGGGCUUUUGUGGGAGGCCGGUCCUCUUGCUCGCGCAUCCUUCCGAGCGUCGGUCGGUCUGUCCGUCCGCCGCGGGGCCUGUCUGCCGGACGCGCUCUGCGGCCGAUAGCUCCUGACGGCUGAGCCUAAGGCCGGCCCUGGUCCCGGCCCGCAGUGUCCCGGGCGGAGUGUGUGACGGGCUGCGUGGGGCGGGGGUGAUGGGGCGUGAGCGCAGCCUGGGGUGUGAGGCGUUUGCUGAGCCUGCCUGACCCCGACCUUGGUGGGAGGGGGGUCCGCAGGGGGCUUCGCGUGCGUGACCGUGCAGCGGGGAGUGCGUGUGCGACCCCCCGGGGCUCCCCUGCAGGCUGUCCCUGAGCCCCAGGAGCAGGACCCGCGCCUCUGGGCCUGGCUUGGGGCCCAGGAGGCUGCAGAGCUGCCCACGCCUCCGGGGAACGCUGCCGAGGGGCGCCAUGGAGACCCCUGCCCCGAAGCCCCAGGAGACAGCUCUGCCCUCUCAGGAGCCUGCUCUUACCCUCAAAAAGAAUCCAGAGGAUAAAUUGGGUCAGGGUCUCCCGGAAGCCAGUUCCGAGGAAUCAGUGACUUUCAAGGAUGUGGCUGUGGACUUCACCCAGGAGGAGUGGGGCCAGCUAGACUCCCCUCAGAGGGCCUUGUACCGUGAUGUGAUGCUGGAGAACUACCAGAACCUUCUUUCCCUGGCAGGACCCCCAGUCUGUAAGCCAGAUGUGAUCUCCCACCUGGAACGAGGCGAGGAGCCAUGGCAGAUGCCCAGAGAAGUCCCUGGAGGGGCUUGUUCAGAAGGGGAGCCCGGGCCUGGGGUGAAGGACAGGUCGUGUCAACAGCAGGGCGUUUACAAGGAAGAGCCUUGCCAAGAGCCAAUCACCGAGCCACUGGGGCGGUCCAGGGUCCAGAGCUCCGGUCUGGGCGUCGGGCAGGCCCACGAGGGCCCCGCGGCUGCUCCCGUGCGGGGUGAGGCUGCGCUGCGGAGGUCAGCACCAGGCAGCAGUGGGGAUGUUCCCCCGGAGGGGCGCUGGCACGGCCACAAGGCUUUGGAGAAGGAUUCCCCCCCUGGGUGCACCCUCUUCACCCCCGAGGCCAUUCCUGCCCAAGGAGACCCUCCUGACGGGCCCACCGAGAGCUUCCAGUCUGGCGAGGCGGCCCCCAGGCAGCGGAGCGCAGGCCCAGGGAGAGGCCCCAGCAAGUCCAGCGAGCGCGGCGAACACCCACCCGGGAGCGGGCAGCGGGGCGCUGUGGCCGGGGCUGGCCUCUUCGUGUGUGGUGAGUGCGGGAAGGCCUUCAGGCAGAGCUCGUCCCUGACCCUACACCGGCGGUGGCACGCCCGGGAGAAAGCCUACAAAUGCCACGAGUGCGGCAAGGCCUUCACCUGGAGCACCAACCUCAUCGAGCACCAGCGCAUCCACACUGGGGAGAAGCCGUUCUUCUGCGGCGAGUGUGGGAAGGCCUUCAGCUGCCACUCGUCGCUGAACGUGCAUCACCGGAUCCACACGGGCGAGCGGCCCUACAAGUGCAGCGCCUGCGAGAAGGCCUUUAGCUGCAGCUCACUGCUCAACAUGCACCUGCGUGUGCACACGGGCGAGAAGCCGUACCAGUGCGGCGCAUGCGGCAAGGCCUUCAACCAGAGGACGCACCUGACGCGCCACCAGCGCAUCCACACCGGCGAGAAGCCCUACCAGUGCGGCGCGUGUGGCAAGGCCUUCACCUGCCACUCAUCCCUGACCGUGCACGAGAAGAUCCACAACGGGGACAAACCGUUCAAGUGCGGCGAGUGCGGCAAGGCCUUCAGCAGCCGCUCGCGCCUCACCCUGCACCAGCGCAUCCACACGGGCGAGAAGCCGUUCAAGUGCGGCGAGUGUGGCAAGGCCUUCAGCUGCCACUCCUACCUCGUCGUGCACCAGCGCAUCCACAGUGGCGAGAAGCCGUUCAAGUGCAACGAGUGCGGCAAGGCCUUCAGCUCCCACUCCUACCUCAUCGUGCACCAGCGCAUCCACACCGGGGAGAAGCCCUUUGACUGCAGCCGCUGCUGGAAGGCCUUCAGCUGCCACUCGUCCCUCAUCGUGCACCAGCGCAUCCACACCGGGGAGAAGCCCUACAAAUGUGGCGAGUGUGGCAAGGCCUUCAGCCAGAAUCACUGUCUCAUCAAACAUCAGAAGAUCCACGCUGGGGAGAAGUCAUUCAGAUGUAACGAGUGUGGGGAAAUGUUUGGCUGGAGUGCCCACCUCACAGAACACCGGAGAAGACACAGCGAGGAGAAGCCCUUUGCCAUCCAGUUCAACAAGCACCUGCUGAGCACCUACUACGUGCCAGGCGCCCUGCUAGGCGCAGGGGGCGCGGGCGUGAGCAGCGUGGAUCCAAUCGAUGCCCUGGACAUGGCAAAGCUCCUGUGUGCGGUGCAGCCCUCGGCCAGCAGGACUUCCCCGCUGGGCAGCGAGCCUGGAAAUUAGUGCGGUGUGCCCGCCCUCGGCCUUGCUCCUUCCCCAGAAAGCACAGCAGCUCAGAUAUGCACAGCCUGCCCGUGCCUCCACAGUAGAGACUGGCCCUGCCGCCUGUGCCCAUGUCCCACGCGCUGGGACAACUCUCUCAGAGGUCAUCGCCGCCCCAGUGAGCGCGCCACUGUAGGAGAGGAGCCGAGGGCCAUCUGAGGAAGUCCCGUCAUCCUGCUUUCCUUAAUGGGCUUGCAAGACACUGACACGGGGAAUAGGUCUUUCCUGCAGACAGAAAGAAAGUAUAUCGAUCAUUGUGUCCUCGGACGGGCUCCUGGCAUGAUCUCGAUCAGGAAUUUCCUUUGUACGUGGUUAUGUUUAGAAUGUUAAUGAUGAUAAUAAAAACAAACAGAAGAGUUAUGAACAGUAUUCCAAGUGAACGUUAAGUAUAUUCCAGAAGGGAAGAAUGAUCUUGAAUGGUGGGGGUUUAGGAAAAGGCAGAUUUCCUGGACUCACCUCACUAAAGCAGCUCUACCGCAGGGUCAUCUGGUAGUGACAGCACCUGUGCCUCGGGAGCAUGGCCCAGCUUCGGUGCAGCCAGGUCCUGACAUGCCAGCAUUGGGCCUGGCCAUCUAGUCCCCGCUGGGAAAUGGCGAGCACACAGGUGGGCGCUCGGCGUCCAUCCAGGGUCUGGUGCUGGGAUAGAUGUGUCUAGAAGCGCACCUUCACCCUGCAGGCCUCCCUCUGCUCCAGUGAGCUCAGCUCGCCAGCUCAGCCCUACGGAAGGAGCCCCUCCAUGGAGCCUGUCCCCAUGCUCUCUGCAGUGGUGGGCGGGGUUCCUCUGGAAUUAAUGUUCGUUCCACUCAGUCCUAAGCAAGUCUAAGCUGCUUUCUCAGUGAUAAUACUUUACGUUUAUAUAGAGAGCUAUAGUUUAUGAAAUGCUUUUUGGUAUACUUUUUAAAUUAUGGCAGCAAAAUAACUACAUUUGGGAAAUGUGGAAGUAAGGAAAAAGACCCCCCAUAAUUCCUAAUAAAUUGCAUUCCGCACUUUGAUACAUUACCUUCUGCUUGUUUCAAAGUGGAUUUUUACAUUACUGCAAAUAUAGUGUAUAUAUCAUUUUAAUCUUUUUUUUUCUACCUAGCUGCAUAGCAGAAUUUUUCCCCACGUAACUGAACUGUCUGGAGUUAUAAUUCUCAGUGGAGAACAUCCAGUAGAUGUUCUUUUGUUGGAUGUUGAGGUUAUUUCCAUGUUUUCACUAUUAUAGAUCGUUUCACUGUUACAACCAUUCUUCAUAGAUCAUCUUUUUGCAUUAUACUUCUUUAGCGUUUUCUUAGAUUUCUAAAAGUGAAAAUUUUGAGAUAAAGGAAAUGAACAACCUCAGGAAUCAUUUCUGUAUGGUUUUGAUGGUGUGUAAAGUCACACCAUUUCAUUAGGAAGAAAUCGUCAGCAAUAGUGGUCAGGUAGGAACGUCCCCGCAUGGCAUCUCCCAGAGACAGAGGACUCCCUGCUCAAAGCUGGGUGUCCAGACAGUCUUCAUUCAGGGCACGGUGACCACACAGCGGUGCUCCUGGGCACCUACCACCCCACUGCGUUCCUCCAGAGUGUGCAAGCCAGCCUCCCAUAACAUGGUCCCUGGGGUCACAUCGUGGCAGCCCACAGUCGCUUAUCUGACAAGUAGGAAAAGUCCUAUUGUACAGCUGCAUUUGUAAAAGACAAAUACAGUCUGGGCUUAGUUCAUCAUUAUCAAACUCAUUUUUCUCCUUACUUCAAAAGAACUUAAAAUGAAAACAUCUCUGUGGGGCCCUGGACACAGUGGCUGCUGUCAGCCCUGCCGUGAGUGCUUCUAGGUACUCAGCUGAGUGGCACCUUACGAUCACCAUACUUUGCACCUUCAAUAAUUAAUGCGGUUGGAUAUUGAACAUGCUUUGAUUCUUUUUUUUUAAAGAUUUUAUUUAUUUGAGAGAGAGAGAAUGAGAGAUAGAGAGCACGAGAGGGAAGAGGGUCAGAGGGAGAAGCAGACUCCCCGCCGAACAGGGAGCCCGUUGCGGGACUCGAUCCUGGGACUCCAGGAUCAUGACCUGAGCCGAAGGCAGUUGCCCAACCAACUGAGCCACCCAGGUGCCCGAACAUGCUUUGAUUUUUGGUCUUUAAUCUUGAAAAUAAUUUGAAUAUACCUUUCCCCCUCUUUUCAUUGGAGACUUGAUGUCUUUCUUUCAUUUACAUAUAAACUUUUUUUUUUCCUGCUUACACAAGCAAUAUGUAUGUGCUGAAGAAAUUUGGAAAAAUAUUCAGGAAAUUGUAAGAAUGAAAGUACCCCUCAGUAUCAGUUCAUAGGCCACUGCCAGAGGUGCAUUUACUUCUGGUUCUUUUCUGUGCACAUAUAAUAUGCCUUUGCUUUUAAGGCAAAACUAGAUUCAUUCUCUGCAUGUUAUUUCUAUCUUUUUCCAUGUAACAUUUUAUGGUGAGCAUUUUCCACAUUACAAAAUAUUUUUCAGAAACAUUAUUGAUGGCUGUAUCUUUCUCUGUCUUCUCAUUGUAUCAGGAUUGGUCUGUUCCUUUAUUGUUGAACAUCAUUAUCUGUACCUAUAAAUAAUUCUAGAACAUAAAUGCCAUUUUGCCCUUUGAUCAUUUCCUCAGAAUGAAUUCUGAGAAGUGGAGUUCAUGGGCAGAGUUCACAAACAUUGCAAAACUGUCUCUAGGUCGAACCCAGCACGACAUUCUUAAUUCUCCCACAUGGGCCCCAAGAGCAUCCCUUUCCCUGCAGCCUUGCACACACUUGGCUUCAUCUCCACUUUUUGUAUUUACCAUUUUGAUACAUCAAGAGUGUUACUGGUUCAUGUUUUUUGACCUUUUUCUUCUCUUUGUAUGAAUUGUGUAUUCCAUACUUUGUUCUUUAUACACACACACACACACACACACACACACACAGCACCUUGGCACAUACAUUUUUAUCUUUGUUACCACAUUUUUAAUGUACAGAGAUGUUCAAAUUCUGUGCAAUUGAGUCUUUUUGGUCUUUUUCUUUAUCUUUUUCCUUAGCCCUUAGAAAGCCCGUUCUUUAAAUCCUUUUUUGGUUCCAUAUUUUGCAUUUAACUCUUACAUCCAUCUGUUUGGGAUGCAGGUCCCUGCAUCAUUCUAGAAUGGCAUUCUUCACUGUUCCUUAGACCUCUCUUUUCUGUUAGUAGCUUCAUAAUUCACUUUAUAUGUAGUAGGACUGACCAGGACAGUAUUUUCAGUAGGCUUUUUUAAGGGUUUUUUAAAAAUCUGUUCUUCCAGGUAACCCAGGAUUCUUUUUCUCAGAGCUCAACCUCUUCUUGCCCCUGCACACCUCAUUGGGAUUUUGAUUAGAAUUAACUAGUGUGUGAAGAAUUCUGACAGUUCUAUAUAACAUUCAGUCUUCGCAUCAAGGCACCAGUCAUUCAAAUCUGCCUCUAACCAUCAGAAAAGCUGUAUAGUUUUUUCCUUGUAGGUGUUCUUACAUAUAUGUUCAAUACAUAUGUUUAUUCUUGAGUUCAUUCUAAUUUUGUGGGUUUUCUAAGUCGAGCCUUUCUGUUUUAUAUAGGACAACUAUUGAUUGUAUAUAUCUUUUUGUAUAUUUAUUUUAUAUCUAGCAACUUCAUUGAAUUAUUCUAGGUCUCUAACAAUUUACUAUUUUAUUGCACUUUCUAGGUAAUCUGUCAUAUAACCUGGAAAUAAAAAGCUUGCCUCUCCUUUUCAUAUAGACAGCCUUUUAUUUUGUUUCUUUUUAAAACCCACGUUGGCUAGCGCUUCCAGAACAGCACUCAGUGUUGGUGGCAGUGGUCAUCUGUGGCAGAUUCUGUUUGGGGUAGGGGACCAACGUGUGUCACCUCAGAACACUUUGACCUCUAAAGACUCUGUUACAGCCGGGGUGACCACAUGGCCCAAUUCUGAACAACAAGGCUCAGGUGGAAAUCUGCUAAGAUUUGGGGAAAGUCUUUGCUUUGUAUUCCUCCCCCUCCCCUUCUUCCUGCCUGGAACUUGGAUGCAAUGCCUGGAGGUAUAGUAGCCAUCUCGUAACCAUGAGAUAACUGAGGACAAAAGUCACAUGUAGUGAAAUGGAAAAAUAGAAGGAUCCUAGGCCUUGGAAGAAAUUUUUGAGCAGCUAUUACAGCCACCAACAUUCAACUUUCUGAGUUCUUGUGUGUAAGAAAAUAAACAACCUAAGUCCAUUUGUCA